CCAAGGACAGGCAGCACUGAGGGAGGGGAACACUCUGUCACACCUACCCCACAGCCUCACUCACAGCCUCACUCAGCCUCAGUGGGAGACAGAUCAGAUCUUGACGUUGAGGAUGCAUGUCUACGUGAGAGGAGCAUCCAGGAGAGGACAGUAGGUCCCAAAGCUGCACAGACAGAUACAUGCAAAGGACUACAAGUAAACAGAGAGAGAGAGAGAGAGAGCAGAGGAAGCCCAGAGGGCAGGACAGCAGGAUUUCAGAGAGGACAGAACAGGGUGGAACAGGCAACAUUUGCAGGGUGAUGCUUUUGGGGAAGGACCUGAUGAAAAGGAUCUGAACAGCAAAGCAAAAAAGCUGCAUUUUGUGUUUUUUCCUCCUCAUCUGCAAACAGAAAUCCUCUGUGUCUCCAGCUUCCUGCAGAGAGAUCCCUCUGCUGCUGCCGCUGCCGCUGCUGCUGGAGUGAGGGUUUACAGCCUCCGUGCUUCUGUGCACAGCACCACAGCAGACUGCUCUGCUCUGUAGUCCGAGACCAUGAGCGAGGCGAAGAAAGGUGAGCUCGCCAUCCGGGAUAAAGCCAUCCUGCACCAGCAGAGGCGUCUGAAGCAGGCCACCCAGUUCUCCCACAAGGACUCUGCUGACCUCCUGCCCCUGGACGGGCUGAAGAGACUGGGCACAACCAAAGACCUGCAACCUCACAGCAUCGUGCAGCGUCGCCUGAUGGAGGGAAACAUCACACGGCUCAGGGGCGAGGCCUGGGACACCAGCGGCAGGAUCCGCUCCCCGCUGGCCGACAGCAAGGACGGGCCCGCCGACGCCGAGGAGAAGAGCGAGAGCACGGCCGACGACUCCACAGAGGAGAGGGAGUCUCUGGAGGAGAGCGAGAGGAGCCUCCGGUCGGACGAGGAGGAGGAGGACAGCAGCGAGGCCGGAGCCAGGCCCACGGCCGAGAAGGGCGAGGUCACGGAGAGGUCGACCCUCCUCACAGCUCUGGUGGUUCAGUGCAAGUGCUGCGAGAGCGAAGUCAACGCAUCCAUCAACACCGGCAUUCAACACAACCACAUCUCCACCUCCUGCUGCCAGAGGCUGGGGUUGGUGCCCAUUCAGGACGGUUCGCUCUGUGGGUUGAGCAGCUCAGUGACGGCUCUGCAGCUGCAGCUGGGCCGACAGACGCUCCAGUGUUCAGCUUACGUCAAAGAGGACGAGGCGUUCGAGCUGUGCCUCGGUCUUCAGACUCUGCUGGAACUCAAAUGCUGCUUGGACCUGAGCAGCCGGGUCCUGAAGCUGCAGGGAUGUGGCGAGGAGCUGCCCUUCCUCGACCCGUCCAUCGACAGCCAGUGCCAACACGACACCAAUGAGAACCUGUGAGUCCGACUCCAGCGGCGGCGAUCGCUUCCUCGAGUCCUGACCGGUCGCAGCAACGUGGCACGAUGCCAUAUUUCUGUUUCUUUUUUUGUCUGGACCAUCUGACGACAGUGCCUCACGCUGCCCGAGCACGGACGAGCAUUCGCCGACCGCCGCCGUCGCCCUUGAGUUUACAUCAUCGUGUUUGUAGAAUUGAGACAUUCACCAUGAUUAUCUCUUAAAUUAGUUUAGUUCCCAGAGCGGACGAUGGCCUGAAGUUACGAGCCGAUCCGACCUCUGUGGGUCUAAUCAUUCUUUAUUAUUAUUCUAUAUAUUCAUACCGACUCCUCUGCUGAGCUCAGGUGCACUGAUGCUCUCCACCAACACAACCAUCGUAGUUAUUUAAAGUGGAAUUCAGUGGAAUAUUUUGUGAUUUGACUGUCGAAGAAAAUUACUUUUAAUCAACGACAAGUGUGUUAAUUGUAAAUCUUUCAGUUUGGAUGCUGUUAAAAGGAAUAGUUUCAUAUUUUGGGGAAUCAGCUGAGUUUAAUAAUAAGUUAGAAAUGAAGGUUGGAGUGUGCAGCUGCAGCCAAUUAGCUUAGGACUGGAAAUAGAUGGAAACAGCUAGACUGACUGUGUUUGAUGGGAAACAUUAAGUACAAGUACAAGCACCCUUGGAUAAGAAGUGCUGGAUUAAACAGAAACAAACAUGUUGAGUGUUAAUCUGUGAGAUUAUUCCCUAAUGAUUAUUCCUAAUAGCUGCAGGCUGCAACCUUAUAUUUACCAAUUUAUAAAAGUGGGUUUAAUCUCCUCAACAUCAACAUGAAUGCGCAUAUUUCCUAAAAUGUCAAACUAUUCCUCAAAGAGUCAACAUUAAAUACUCAUCUCUAAAGCUGCGGUACUCAGGAUGCCCUCUCCCGUGCGUUCAAAAGAACAUUUUGAGAAGUUAUUUGAAGAUAUUUGAAGUCUUGUGAAUCAGGCUACCUCCUCCUUUAGAAACAGGGACAGGUUCUCAUGUAGAAUUUUAAAAUAGAUGAGUUUCUGACGUACUCAUAUUCAAACUUCAACCCCCUUUUAUUUUCCUAUCACAGAGACUGAUGUGGUUAGAUUUUCCACGAGCACACACACACACGGACUCAACUGCAGAAUAGUUCCCCAAAAAAAUGAAAAAUAGACGUCAGGCCGGCCGGACCAACUUGCUUGAGUCAGACUCAGCGACAGGAAUAUCAAAACAUUCCAUCUGCAUGACUUUGUAAAGUUCUGCCUUUGUAUAAGUCUGCAUGUUUGUGUACUAGUCCGAUUGUGUCACGUUGAACGUCUGAAGGGGCUGGGUGGGUGUGUGUGUGUGUGUGUGCUUUCGUGUGCAUGUACCGUGUGUGUGUGUGUGUGUUAGGAGUCAAAAGCAGGGUUUUUCCACCUUGUUGUUGCUCCGGUUUCACAUGAGGAGGGGAGAUAAAAAAUGGCCCCAUCUGCCCCCAGCCGGUCCACCGAGCUCCGGUAAGAGCAAGCUGCCAAAAAAGCCGACUCCCGCUGCCUUCCCUCUCUGCCUCUGUCAGGAGGCUUGAAUCGCUCGGCUGUGCCAAGGCCCCUCUCCGAGCUCAUCUUACUCUUCGUUCAACCUCUCUCCUCCGUGCAUCUAAACACCUUCUCACUCUCGACACCUCAUGUUUUUGCUGAUUUGCCCGUCACAAGCGCAGGAGGAGGAGAACUCGCUCCACACUACAGCGCCGCCUGCCUCUCUCGUCGUCGCUCUGUGUUUCCAUCGUGUGGCGACUGAAGAGCUGCCUCAGUUCGUGCUCACAGAAGGACAUCACGCUCUGCUUCGGUUUCCAUCCAACCAGGAGCUGGUCCACACGUAGAUUGACGAUGUUUAGUUUCUCUUUGCUGUACUAGUGACCGUCCUACGCCAAUAUGAGAGGAAUCGAUGUAUGACAGAAAUUUAUUUUUGGUGUUUCCCUUCUUCUGAACAGUAUUUUCUCUGCCUAAUAAAAUAUGUAUUCUGGCUA